AUGGAGAGUCUUACGCGCUUACAGGAUCUUCACACCGAUCUUGUCGCCUUUGCCGAAACCCGCCUGGCGAACAUUGAGCGACUCUCGCUCGAGUUGGAGGACAGCAUUCAGGACUUCAGGAAACUGCUCGACAAAGCCACUCCUACCGCCAGCGACCGAGAUGCUUAUAAUAAUGGCAAAAUCACAGUCGGUGAGCAGGACUAUGCCGUCAAUGAUGAAUUCAAGCACAUCAGCCGCGCAAUCGCCACGACACUUGAGCUGGACGAGAUCGAGGCCGGCAGACUUCUCAUCGAGAUGCAAGCAGAUCCGAAAGCAACGAGCGAGACUUUUGUGAUGGAUGCUGUGAGCAAUUUCCACAACCGGCGAGACUUGUUGCUGCAAUGUUUGCGAAUCACCCUGCAACAAUCACUCAAUAUGGAUCUGGAGCCUAGCAUACCGGACGCCUUUCGGAAAAUCGUUGCAAAAGUAUUGGAGAUCGAUGGUGCAGGAGCCGCCGCUGGCAACGGGUCGCUCUUCGCCAGAAAAUGUUUGUCUACAUUAGAGGACAUCGAGAAGCUUCAAGCAAAAGUCGGAGAUGCCCUGCAAAGCAAAGCCGUGCUGGGAGAACCACGAGGUCCAGAGUUCUAUACCACACUCGAGUUCCAGAGAGACAGUCUGUUUAAGCAACACGAAGCACUGGCUUGCAUUCUGGCAUACCUAUUUGCAGGUGAUUACACCAGCCCUGAAGAUCUCCGAAAGCUCCACAAUGCGGUGAAGCGCUUUAACCGUCUGGACUUCACGCUCAUCCAUUAUCUGCCGGCAUUUUCAGCCGCUUUCCGUCAGUAUGGGUCGCCCGGAAGCCAGCUGUCUCAGGAAAAUUGUACUUCCCUUGAUGCUGUGCUUAGCCCGAUCCCCCAGGAGCCAGCCUUGACAUCUGUGCGUCCCUUUUACGGCGUCCUGAGUCUAUGGUGGACGGUGGAGUACAGCGGUCAGUUUCGAGAUUUGACUGACAAUGACGUGGAUGCUGAGAAGAGGGCGAAUACGGUCAAGGCAGCACUGAAGGAGGAUGCAUUGGAAUUCAUGCUUGCGAUUUGUACAAGCAUGAAUUUAGAUGUUUGGCGGCAUCCUGCAAGGCAAGAGUUAGUGGCACUGCUUCUCAGUGAGACAGCUUUCGCUCUUGAUGGCGACCAGACCUCGACAUACUUUCGGUUACAAUUCAUGGAGUCGCUCGAAAAUUUCAUCGAGGCCUUCAUCUCGAAUAUGCCGGAUUCGAUUCGAAAGCUCAAGGCCGAAGAAGACGAUCAGCGGUUAAAUCAUCUGAUGGCGAUGCAGGAGGGCUUGCCGCCAGAUCCUAAGAGUGGCUCCGUCAAUAAGCUUCAUCUCGAAAGCUUCUUGGUCAUUAUUUCAUAUGCCUUCGAAGGGAGACCCGAAGCCGCAGAACAGUGGUGGGAUGAUCCGGACGGGAACUUGUAUGGCUUCCUGCACUGGGCAUCAAGGAGGCAAACUGUCCCCCGUGUCUGCGCGUUCUGUGAGCUUUUAUGCUCCAUCUCCGAGGAGCAAGAAUGUGCAGAAGCCGCCCACAAAUUUUUGCUGGAUGAAUCACAGCCUGCGUCGACUAGAGGCCGACGCAACCCGUCGAUGAACUACCACCAGAUCUUUGCCGAGCUUGAGCUUUACGCACACAAGGUACACGAGCGGGCGACAUCUUCGCAAUUGCCUAAUAUGCGAAAAGUUCUGCCAACAGAUAUGAACGAGUUGGAAAGCCCUGUGAUGUUAUCCUGUUACCUCCGUCUCUUGGCCCAUUUGUGCCGACAGCCUGGCGGGACUCGUGAUUACAUCCUCAGCACAAUGACUCCAUCAUUUCCUCAGUCCUUGUUGCUUCUCAGCUCGGGGCCGAUACCAAGUUACCUGAGAGCCAGCGUGUUUGCGGCUUUGGAUGCUCUUCUUACGGAUAAAACAGUGCAAACAGCGUCCAUGCUCUGGUACAUCAUUGACGACUGGGCAGCUAGAAGCCACGAAAUUCUGCGUUCGACCUCGAACACGCCUGUUCAGCCAUCCAAACCCAGUCUUCUGGAUUUACAGAACACUCUCAGUUCAAUCGCGGUGUCGUUUGAUCAGUAUGACUCGUUCAUUGUGUUGCUACGAGAUCUGACAAUUACACUUCCAUCGACAGGCGUCGGAGCUGAUAUGCUUCCCUUUCCACGGGAGCUUGGUUCGGGCUACCGGAGUCCAGGGAUCGGUCCCUACGUUGACUUUGUGUGCGGCCAAAUAUUCAUUAAGCGCAUCCCGGAGAUCAGCGAUGACAUACAACGAUCCAUUGCCUCCUUUCACAGCUUGGAAUUCGUGGCUGUUGGGUUGGAAGGUUUCAACGAAGACUGGGUGGCAAUGGCAGAUCGCUCAUACCCUCAACGUGACGCGUCACAGGACAAAUCAAUCACGACGAUGUACGCUCAGCGCAGUCCAUUUGCUAGGCUGAUGCAAUGGAUCCUAAGCAUCGAUAUGAACAAGGCCCUGAUGGAAACUCUACGGGUGUCCGCAGAUGCCGUGGAAGCAGCGUUGCCGGACUCGCCCCUGCUCCUCAGCCUGCAACGUGCUAUCGACAUUGUCAACCGCGUCCUCGACUUGCAACCAACCUAUUUCGAUAUUGUGAGGCCGCUUCUACUCUCACAGUCGGCGCAGGAAAUCCCCCUUGCGCGCUCGAGCGUCAAUUGUAUCGAGGACAGUGUGGCUGCGCAUCCGGAAGUAAUUCUGAACCUCUGUCAAUACGCCGCAGCCAGCCAUUCCGAACUGGUCCUCCGCGCUCUUGCUUUACUGCAAAAGCUCUCUAGCUCACCCAAGCUGAACAACCACUUCCUGACUACAGAGCCCGUUCAUGGCCGCACGAGACGAAUCGUUGACAUGUUGGGUCCAAACGCCGAUUUUGAGCUAGAACCCGUUGCUAAAAAUAUGGGUUCGAGAUUGCAGUUCGACAUUAGAGAGCUUGAGGAUGGCAUUGAGUCCACGGGCUAUCUCAUCAAAGAUGCCAUACUGGCCUUCUUCAACGCCUGUCUCGAAUCACAGCCAGAACUGCCCACUCUUGCUCAUCUCUUACUCGGGUUCACCAGAAUGGGAGAGAGCCUUGCCAUCUCCGACUCCAUUGACGCCGGCACUUCUGUCUUUCACGCUGUCGUCGACCUCGUUCAAAACUACCCCAUUGACGAGAAUGCUGUGAUCCUAUCUUGGUUAGUACACAUCAAGUCUGCAGCUCUGCGUGUACUCAGGCAACUAUGGUCGUCCAUUGUGUCAACAUCCAUUGUGGUUGGACAGCUUCGCAGACUGCAGUUUCUACAGCUGCAGUAUCUGGGUCAGACGGUUGUUUCCCAGCAGACCUUCUGGGACGGCAACACUGUUUCCCAGGCCGCGUUUUGGUACACCACAUCCGCUGAAGGCCUUGCCGAGUUCUUCGAUUUGCGAGCGUCGCUGUAUAACUAUACAGCUACGGAGCUGAGGGCAGCUUCGACGGACGAAUUGUCCACCACCCUGCGACAAGCGCUAUCGACGCUACAGGGUAAGACUACAGAUUUUGAUGGCUCUUUGAUCACGAAUCCAGACGUCUUUGUCUUGUUCGACUUUCUGGAGCUUGAUCUAGCCGCUACCUUCGAGCUGGAGUCGGAAAUAUUCUCGACAGUCGACUUCGAUGCUUACUUGACAGCAGCAUCUGAGCAUGCCCCGAGCCUCUACGAUCUGAAGUUGAUGCGUGAAUCCUUAUUUGCUCAGCAGACCGACAUAAUGGGAAAGCAGAUCGAGAGCGCUGGGGGCCACAAGAUUGAAGAACAGGCCUUGGUUGCAGAGGCCGACCGCAUUCUAGCGACGAUGGAGGCCCGAAAUCGCUGGAUCAUUGCCCACAAAGCCAGAAGUGACGCCCUGCACGAGUAUGUGGAAAUGGUAAUUGCCAUCAUCGAGUGCUGCCCCAUGGAUCAAGCAACGAAGUCGCAGUUCAUUCUGCGUAUGCUGCAGAUUCUUCUGCCGAAGCUGGAUGUUCUGAUUGUGGAUGAGUCGGAAGAUGUGAUGGAGCUCGCGCGUGCAGCUGAUGCCAUGCUUUUCUCACUGUCCCAAACACCACCGGCGAACACUCACACCGACAAUCUCAUCACCGAGAAGCUGUUCCAGCUGUUCCGUGCGUCGAUCGAAGGCAUUCCUUCGACAAACACCAAUGCCGGCCUUCGGACUGUCUUCUACAGCAUUUGCUCUCAGUAUCUCACCCGCAUUACCGCUUCGGGUACUAGCGGCAUAGACGUGAAUGCGAAAGCCCGGAGAAACAGCAUGGAUUGUAUCCGCUCCGCCAGCCAGCGCCUUGUCCAGAUUCUAUGCGAUGAUGCCGAAGACGGCACUGACGCUUGCCGCCUCAAUGCGCUGGGUCUUCUUGCGCUGCUUACCUCGCUGGGACGGAUGGAGAAGUCAAACUAUAUUCUCAACGCCCUGGUCAAGGCCAAUGCCCUGGCGAUCUUGAUCGAGCCUUCCAAACAUGUUGCUGUUGAGUUUCAGAGCGCCGGCCCAACCUACCGCCCAUAUUUGCUCUCCGUGUUCGAAGCACGCAUGCUUCUGCUCCUUCAGGUCUCUCGGACCCGCGAAGGAGCCAACGCACUGCUGGACGCUGGCUUAAUGACAGCAACCCGCGAUUCGAUGUUGUUCCGCGCCGACCCCGAUCUCGGCAUCUCCAUGCCCGCCACCCAGUCUGACGACAUUGAGUCAGGUUACACGCUGCCCGGCGGUCCUGUCACGACGACCGCGGUCUCCGAGACCAUUGCCUCGGCGCUGCAUACGUACUAUGUCCUGCUGUCGUCGACGCUACGGGUGAUUCUGUCCACCCUCCUUUCUCGGGGCGCGCAGAACGAGCAAGUGCAGUAUCUCGCCCGUACGUUCCUAACGGACUACCGUCCCAACAUGGUCGGCGUCUUCAAGAAGUAUGCUGGCGUGAAUGGGAAAAUGGAUGCCAAGCUCCGUCCGCUCGUGGCAGAAUGCAUCAGGUGUUAUACUGGUCUGGCUACGAUUUGCAAUUUUGUUGAUUUCGAGGAUACAUCUGGCUUAGAUCCUGGACAGUACCAGGGAUUUUCAUGA